GCGCGUCGUUGCUGUCGUCGUCGCGGCGCCAUCUUGGGAGCGGCGCCCGGACGCACUUCUUUCUUUCCUUUUCUUCUUAUUAUUUUAUUCGCGUUUAGCUUUCGCCAGCUCGAUUCGAGGAUCGUUCCACUGAUCGACGUGAUUCAAUGUGAUUAUCGUUUGAUCGAGGAAACGGAACAAGGUGUCUUUAAACGACACCUUGAAAGGAAUAGGUUAGGAGCAGUUGUCAUCGCCACGAUGGAUCUGUCAAAAAUGUCAAACGAGAAGAAACUGUAUCUUUGCAAGUGGUAUUUUCGUGCUGGUUUUGCACUGCUACCAUUCCUAUGGGCCGUAAAUGCAAUUUGGUUCUCAAAAGAAGCUUUUGUAGCACCACAUUACGAAGAACAGGAACAGAUUAAGAGAUACGUAAUUUUCUCUGCUGUUGGAGCAGUCAUUUGGACAGCUAUUUUAUUAGCUUGGAUAAUAAUCUUCCAAACUCAAAGAAUUGCUUGGGGUGAAUUCGGUGAUUCUAUCAGCUACAUAAUUCCCGCCGGUAUUCCUUGAGCUUGACACCCCAUAACAGUAAUUUAUUGCAGAAAUGCAUUCAACAAUUGUUUUAAACUUUGUAAUAUAUU